GGAACCAUCCCAGAGGCAAGUCUACAAAUAUAAGAGCAGAGCUACUAGCUCUAAGCUUCACUGGUUUCCCUCUAUUCUCCGUCUAAUUUGGUCGUACGCAUGCGACGUUUCAGUGGCCAUGCGGGAAAGGCGGCUAACAGCGACGCCCCCCGAUUGUGCUACAUGCCAAGGUCGUGCCAGCAGUCGCGAGCUCGCCAGACCGAAAAGAGUCUGUACGAGCUGCUCUCGAUCGAACCGGAAAUUUCGGGGGCACGGCCUCAGGCUGUCCUGGCCGCGCCCCAACGAUGCGCGGCGUGCUGUCGUCUCCGAGUCGGCUCAGUGGUCACCCUCAUCUUCGAUCGCGGGCACCAUCUCCGAUGCAAGUUUCAUCCACACGUCAUGUUGGGAUAUCGAGUUAUACAACAAAUUGAAGAGCUCCGGUCCUGUCCGCAACCUUCUUCUGCUUAGUGUUCCGACUUUCUGGAACUCAUCUAAACUUGGGGCUCUUGACCGAGACCUCUUAGAGUACUUCUGUCGUGUGGCGUCCGCGUCCCUUGCUACAUUCGGCCACGACACUACUACCCUAAGCAACUCCCUAGUCCGGAUUGCCCUACAAGGCGAGACGACCACAGCUGCGGCGGUGUUCCAGGCGCUUCUGGCGUUUUCUUCGCUACAUCGUUAUGGCCUGCAGUCCCAAGCUCUGGAGCUAAAGGUUGGCGCGCUACGCAGCUUGGCACAGGAACCAGUAGCGUCAGGGCAUGGCGCAAAUGCGAUGCAGCAUACUGCCGCAGGGAUGCUACUCUGCUCCUUUGAAGUCCACCAGCCGUCUUCCACUUCAGGCCACUGGGCGUUUUACCUCGGUGGUGUCAAGACGGUCCUCAACGCCUCCCCUGUCAAACAACUACGCCAGCUUGGUUCUGACAUGGUCGUCUUACUGGACUGGGUGCACUACCACGAUGUCCUCGCUCGUUUUUCCCUGCUACACUGGAAAAGAGACGGGGCCCCGGAACUCCUGCCGACUUCAAUAGACAUUUUCAAUUUGCAGGUGUCCAAUCUGCCGCCGCCUGUAAUCUGCACGCUGGAUGUACUGUCCCAAGUAUGCGAUACAGUGUCAGACGGUGCAAUCCCGUCAGAAACCAGCGGCAACAUGGAUGAUUACAAGGGCUUCCUGGGGGUACUGUAUUGGAGAAUCAGGAGUCUUCCGAUACCCAAAGUCCCAGAUAUUGACGACCAUGAUUCGGAGGAUGCUACUCUGGUAUUACAGCUCUACCAGCUCGCCAUACUAUUGUUUUUCGACCGGUGUUUCGAAAGCCUGAUAGACCAACCCAUCAGGACUCAACAGUACCUGGACAAAGCCUUCGCUAUCGUCUCUCGACUACGAUCGUGUAAAGAGCAAUUUCCCAUUCACGUCAUCGGCUGCGAAGCGCGAACGGAUCAGCAGCGGUCCGUUGUCCUUGAUGUCAUCUCUAGGACAGAAAAGAUGGGCUCAUCGCGAUCUUGGAGCGAUUGUAAGAGAAUACUGCAUGCCGUCUGGGCUCAGGAUGACCUUGCUGAUGGAAACGAUAUCAACUACCUGUAUAAGUUGACCUCGGUCAUGAGUCAUUGUAUAAUGCUUCCUAGCUUUGUAUAGCCAGUCGCCUUGUAUAUGAUAUAGCACUUUGAAAAAACAGCGCCUUCUUUGCACAAGUAUGGAACGAAUGCGUCAGACGUGCUGGAUUCGGACUGCUGCGCUGCCUCGUCGUGCACAGGGGGUGGUAUUGACACUGGUUUAUGAUGUAGCCAUAGGGGGCUUCUGAUCCCGGAGAGUCCGCAGGAUCCCAAACACAGGACAAGCAGAACGGACUCCUAUCGAACUAGAAACAUUCCGAACAAAUACAUCUAUUGGAAUUCGCGCGCUGACCCAGUGCGGUUGUUGACUUGGGCGUGUUUAUUUGUUUGUUCUAUCUCACGCCAGGGCUGUGUCUCAUUUGUUGACGUGGGCUUGCGAAUUCGGCUAGCGACUCGGCAGCCAGGCCUAGACCAGUUCAUUCAAGAGAUAGGAAAACAACGCUUAUUCAUUCUUAGCACUUGCCUAGAAACCUUCUGACAUAAUCUUUCCAGUAU